AUGCGCUCAUCAAUCGUCGCCCUCUUUACCUUCGCAGUCGCAGCGGUAGCCAUCCCGGACUCAUCUAGGGAAAAGCGAGGAGAUAUAUCCCCUAGGCAUCAUCCGAGAGACUUGUUGGACAUAAUCGAGAAGCGACAGGCGUGCUACCAAUACGGUUGUAUUAAGGAUUCUGAUUGCGUUGACAACGGCUGUGCCUACUGCGGUCAUCCUGUACACCCGGGGCCUGCUCUCGGUCUUUGCGUUCGGUAUGCACCUGCAGCAGGGGAGUCUGUGUAA